AUGCCCAUCGAGUCCACAGAACCCAUCGCCAUCGAGUCUGCACCUACCGAGAGUGUAUUCAGCAAGACUAUAUCCACAACGUUCAUUGUGUCCCACACUCCUAGAGUCAAGGUCUCUGGAACUGAACUCAAAGUUCAAACGGCUGAGGGGAAGGGACAGGGGACAGAUGAACAUGAAAAUUCCACUCACCACAAAACUGAGCGGAUUUCCAAUGCAGAAAAGGACUAUAGGUUAGCAGGAAGGAGCAAAACAGAAAGAUGGGCAAGGAAGGUUAGAAACAUUGAGAUGAUUCCGCUGUGGAUGGAAAGAGAUGGGACUCAACUCAUGGAAAAAUAUCAACUGCAAGUUCCUACCCAAUCGGUUUCGUUUGCAAUCUUGGCUCCAAAUUCCGCCCCACUCAAGUACCUUGUCGUUCACAUCCCAAAUGCAUUUUCCGAGAGCAGGGAGAAGAAGGUCCUGGAAGCAUGGGAGACGGCAAAAGCAGCACAUCCGGAACAGGACAUCCAUGGGAGAUCAACCCGUCAUGCAUCUGUUGACCAAGACGAACACGGUAACGACCUAAUUUAUUCUCAGGUCCUACAUCUCCUGGAAUGGAAACGCUCUAGUAAAAAAAUCAUUACCACUUCCAAGACAAAACAAAAGGCCAAUUAUGAAGCCGAAUACUAUUUACUUCUGUUCUGUGCCAUCAUAGCAAAACAUCUUGGUCCGGUCGCAAAAACUCUGCUCAAAGCAUUCGACCCCGAGGCUCUUGAACCUAUUACCCACUAUCAUUACAAGAGAGGUAAUCUGGCUCGUCCCGAGCUACAGGAGGCCUUGGAUCAGUUGAAGAGGGAUGGACCGACUCUGCCAAACCCCUUCCUUCUCCAAGUUGCCACAUUUUUAGCAGUGACCGAGAGAGUUGGAGAACAAUUCCAUUUUGAAUUUGGUGAUUCUAAGAAGACGUAUACUCUCUUGGCUCCCAUGGGUGAUUGGAAGGAAGGGGAUUGGGUACGAGAGCAAGAUGUCCCUGAUGGUCCAUCCCAAGUGGCUGUAACAGGAACAAUGAGAAGGAGUGGGAUUCCAUUAUCAUCUUGCCAGGGUGUUGUCACGCCUGCGGGUAGACUGCGGUUGCAAAGUACUGCCUUGGGUACUGAAGGUUUUAGUCUCUGGCUCGUAGAGCUUGAUGACCGCCUUAGGUACUGA